UUGCUUCUUCUUCUUUUGAUACGUUGCAUUCUUGUUUCUAGUUGCGUUGGGUGGUUUGUUGGAUUUAGAUCUCGAGGGUCGUCGCAAUUCUUGUUGGUGUUUUCGGAUCAUACUGUGAUUUGUUGCUUAUGUUUUGUGAGGCUUGCCUUUGUUAUAUUGGGAUAAAAAGUCGGUUCUUUAUGGGAUUCCUAAGGCUAUGGUUGCACAGAGGAAAAGGAGUAUUCUGAUUCCUUUCAAGAUGCUUGGUGAUUUAACACGGACAUCUUUGUGGUGAACCCGAAGCUCUCCGCAUUUCCCAUUCGAGCGCCCCCUUUACUUUGUUCUCUCUCUCCCCCUCUCUCUCUCGCCAUCGAAAUCGAAGAGCCGCCUCUCUCUCUCUCUCUCUCUUUUUUCCAAGAAGAUCGAGAAUUUGGUCACCCUUCAGCAUCUGACUUAAGUUUAGUCUGAAGGAGGGGUUGCGUGAUUCCCAUGUGAUGAAGUGGGAAACGGGAGUUCCCUUACCACCAUGUGCAUCGAGUGCGAAUUGGUUUUUCAACGAGGAGGGAAGGACCGCGAAAUGGACCCCUGCUGAGAACAAAAUGUUCGAAAAAGCGCUGGCGGUGCACGAUCAGGACACGCCGGAUCGGUGGGAUAGGGUCGCCUCGAUGAUCCCUGGGAAGACGGUGGAGGAUGUGGUUAAGCACUAUCAGGAUUUGGAAGUUGAUGUGAGCAAUAUAGAAGCAGGGCUCAUCCCGAUCCCUGGCUAUAGCACUACAGCGCCCUUCACAUUGGAGUGGGCGAAUGGCCAUGGAUAUGAUGGGUUCAAACAGUCUUAUGGGCUUGGUGGGAAGAGAUCAUCAUCGAUUCGGCCUCCCGAACAAGAGAGAAAGAAAGGGGUUCCUUGGACCGAGGAAGAGCACAAGCUCUUUUUGAUGGGUCUAAAAAAAUAUGGGAAAGGUGAUUGGAGAAACAUCUCCAGGAACUUCGUGAUCACGAGAACACCGACGCAAGUAGCUAGCCACGCACAGAAAUACUUCAUCAGACAACUUUCAGGUGGAAAAGAUAAGAGAAGGGCCAGCAUCCACGAUAUCACAACUGUGAAUCUCACAGAGACUAGAACUCCUUCACCAGAUGAUAAAAGGCCGCCUUCGCCAGAUCCUUCAUCCAUGGUGGCUCGGCAUCCAACUCCCGUCACAGCACCCAGGACUCCUUUUCUCUGGAAUCAGCCUAGCAAUGGAGGGUCCAUGACCUUCCAUGCGACACAAGGGGAUAUGUCCAUGUGCCCACAUUUCGGUGUGAACUCUUUUGGGCUUAAAUUCCAAGGGCAGAAUACUCACAGAGGGACUUUCAUUCAGAACCCGGUUUUUCAUAUGCAAGCUGGACAGAGUUAUCCUCAUGGAUGAGGCUGCUUCAUCCCUGUUUUCCUUAGCUCCAAGCAUCUUUUGUUUCUAUCUUUUGAAGUUUAGUGGAGUAGCUAUGGUUGUGCUUUUGUCAUGGUUUCUGUGAAUAUGUCUACUAGAAGAAUUUGAGUUAGUUCAUCAGUAUCUAAACCCAGGACACAGGAGAACAAGAUCGUGUUUCUUUUGGAAGCCAUAAAUCUAGUGUAUAGAUUCUCAGAGCUGGAUUUUUUUCCUUUAGUGAGAAUCUCCACCUUCGUUUGAGUAUUGUGGUGUUCUGCCUAUGCAAACAAAGUUCUACAUUGAAAGCUGUGGAAGAACAUGAAGAGGGCAGUAUCGAUAGGGCGUAUAUGUGGUCUCUCCUUUGACUGAAUUAUCUAAUUUAUCGUUUUUGAGCAAA